GAUUUUAAUACAACCGUGAUCUCUCCCUCCUCCCGAACAACAAAUUAAAACUAAGGACAAAGAAAGCAAAAAUACUUAUCCUUAUAAGCAUGACUUCUCAAUCAAAGGGUCAUUGGAGAAAGUUCUCUGGGAAUGCCCCAUCGAGUUCUGGCAAGAACUUGCUUCCGAAGAGAAACUCCAGUCUCGUUGGCCGAUUCGUCUCCACACCUCUGACGUUGAAGCUUCCGUUGCCGGCAAUGCCGAAUAGCGAGUUUGCUAUUCAGCCAACGAAAGUGCUGGUGAAUGUGACUGUUGAGAACAGUUCCGGCGCCGUGAAGCUGGUGGUGUUGCCUGAGGAUACCGUGGGAGAUUUGAUAAAGGCAGCGUUGGUGUUUUACAAGGAGGAGAAGAGGAGGCCCUUCUUGAAAAACACUGAUCCAAAGUGCUACAACCUUCACUACUCCAACUUCGCACUCCAAAGUUUGAAGCCAGAUGAGAAGGUAAUGCAGUUGGGGUCAAGGAAUUUUUUUCUGUGCUCAAAGCCAGGCCUCAUUUCUUCAUGCUCCUCCGAGAAAGAGAAUUUUGCAAUUGAUUCUGCAUUUCCUUGGAUGAUAUUCGUCCAUCUCCUACUAUAGGAUUAGUUAUCUAAGAGACUAAGACCAUAUGCAUCUAACUUUGUAUAACCAAAAAAAAACGCCCGUGGUGCUAUUUAAUUUAUUGCCAUUUUCCAAUCGGCUUGGUUGUUUUGUGUGCUUAUAAACUUAUGAUAUAAAUAUUUCACGUAUGUGAAAUGAUCUCUUUGAAAUAUUAGGUUAAUAGAUAGAUGUCCCAUAAUAAAGUAGUGAAAACUAAAAUCUCCCUAAACCGCAAAAGAUGGGUAUGGGUGGAGCAAUUCAAGAUUCAGCCCGAGUUUGGGUUGCAGGUUUCAUGGCUGGUUGUGGUGGGGGAGAACCGUUGGGGGCGGAGGUGAUGGCGUUAAGGAUGGGCCUUUCUCCCUUGUGGGACUCAGGUAUUCGAAGUGUAAUUUGUGAGGUCGACUGUAAGGAGAUUGUUUGACGCCUUACGAGAUGAUGCUUUUCACUUUCAUGUCCUAGCACCAGAUUUUCUGGAGAUUUCUCAGCUUCUGCAGCGUCAGUGGUGUGUACAACUCAAUCAUAUUCCCCAUACUAAUAAUGAUGUAGCUGACUGCUUGGCCGGUCUGGGUGUGACUCGUCAAUGUGAUUUCCUUCGGUUAGAGGACCCUCCUCCUCAGCUUGAUCCCUUAUUGACUCAGGAUCUGUCAGCUUUGUCGUUUAAUUUUCCAAUGUACCGAAAAGAUAGAAAAUCCCGAAUAAACUCAUUAAUCCUAAAAUCCCCCUACAACUCAUUAAUAUAUGCAAUUGUAUAAUGAUAAAAAAAAACCUAAGUGAAUAACCAGAAGUAUAUGGGGGACAUUCCCAGCACACUGUAUAACUUAGAGUCAAAAGUAAAAAAAAAAAAAAAACUUUAUUUUAUUAUUCAUAAAAUAGAAAAUCUACAACGUUAAAAUUCUCUUGUGCAUACCUCAUUAACGUUCUCACAGUUGGGAACCAGGUGCUGCUCCUUGAUCAAAUUGUGCUCCUCGGAGAGAUCAGAGACUUGAUGAAUCGCCGAUGGCAGGAG